GGGGGGCAUCUGUGUGUGCUGUGUCUUCUACAUGUGUGGCGGCAGCAGCAGCUCCACAGGCAUGAGUUUAUGUCGAGUUGUGUUAGUGCAGAGCUGUGUUGCUGAGGCUGUGUCACACAGGGGAGUAACCACGAGAGGGAGGGACUAAGGCGGUCGGACAAUACUGGUGUUUGUGCAACAGCCCCUGAGUGGCUGCUGGUUCUCUCAUAUCCUCCCGCUUGACUACCACUGCUUGCACACACUGUGGAAGUGAAAGCAAAGUUUGAUCCUGCCUGUGGGAUGCUCCGACAAAGGCAUGUGUAAAUACUGGGGAAUGCAAGAGAAGAAGAGAAAAAUUGGGUCCUACGACUGCAUGCCUCUGUUUACAUUUAUGGAUUACCAUGAUGGAUGACUUCAAAGAGUCCGUGAGUCAGUUGUCAAAGUGAAACUGGUCUACAGUGAAAAGCUCGACGGAGCAGCAGCAAAGUUGGCCAGAAGACACAGAACCUACAGUCUCAGUUUUAACCAUAAAGGACAAAGGGAAAGGAAAGAGAAAGACGUAAGAAGUGGAAAAAGGAGAACAGAGUGGAAGUGGAGGAGUAAACAGAGGAGAAGACUGGAUUUGGGCCUGGAGCCCAGACAAGAGCAGGAUGGCAGAAAAGAAAGUUAGCCUCACUGCUAAGCUGAUUAAUGGGGGCGUGGCAGGCCUGGUUGGUGUGACAUGCGUGUUUCCUAUUGACCUGGCCAAGACCCGCCUACAGAACCAGCAGGGCGUUCAAGUCUACAAGGGAAUGCUUGAUUGUCUGACAAAGACUGUGCGCUCAGAAGGCUACUUCGGUUGCUAUAGAGGUGCAGCCGUGAAUCUCACACUGGUUACACCAGAAAAAGCCAUCAAGCUGGCAGCCAAUGAUGUCUUUAGACAGAAGCUCUCCAAGGAUGGGCAUUUGCCCCUGUGGGGCGAGGUACUGGCAGGCUGUGGUGCUGGGACCUGUCAGGUUGUAGUCACCACUCCUAUGGAGAUGCUCAAGAUCCAGCUGCAGGAUGCUGGGAGACUCGCUGCUCAAAGGCCUGUGUCAACAGCCACUGGCCCAGCUCCAUCUUUAGUGGCCACCCAACCGCCAGCCCGGCCCACCCCUCCACGACCCUCGGCUACUGGCAUCACCGCAGAGCUACUGAGGACUCGUGGCCUGGCCGGUCUCUACAGGGGAGCAGGAGCAACUUUAAUGAGGGACGUCCCCUUCUCAAUGAUCUACUUCCCACUCUUUGCCAACCUGAAUGCUCUGGGACGAGAAAGAACAGGUGGACAGGGCGACAUGCAGGCCCAGGCUCCAUUCUGGCAGUCCUUUGUGGCCGGCUGCACUGCAGGCUCAAUAGCAGCUGUGGCUGUAACACCACUGGAUGUAAUAAAGACUAGACUGCAGACCUUACAGAAGGGAGAGGGGGAGGACACAUACAGAGGAAUUGUUGAUUGCACGAGGUACAAACGUGUUUCCCUGAUAUCUACAAAACCAAAGCCUGUUUGGAAUAUGCUUGGGUCUUAUAUCUUUUAUUGUCUGCAGGCGCAUCCUGAGGCGCGAAGGGCCGGCUGCGUUCCUAAAAGGUGCAACGUGUCGUGCGUUAGUCAUUGCUCCUCUUUUUGGGAUUGCACAGGGUGUCUACUUUCUUGGAGUUGGGGAGAUGGUGCUGAGCUUUCUGGAAUAACGGGUCCUUGGUGUAUUUUAUCUCAACAAGAAUGUCCCAGGACUGUGAAGGGGCUGCCGUCUGAUGUUAGAGGUCUACUAGUCUUCUGUAUCUGUUAUGAUGAAGAGCUGUGCGUCAUUCAGUGUGAGUCACUAUUUCCCAUGUUUUUCCCACCAGAAGUUGGUUUAGAAGGAAUCUAAAAUACAAGCCCCAUUUUCUCUAUGGCCUGUCCUCAAACUCCAAGACUUGUUCUGCUUUUCAUUCUGUUGUGAAUUACUCCCACUCCAACCAUGCGAAGUGUGAGUUGUAAUCUUGGAGUGUCAGGAUUGGGAAGGGCUACCUACCAGUGUCCCUGAGGUCAGGCGCUAAUCUGAUGUUAACACUUUAAUCCCUGUAUUAGUGUACAAUAUAAUCUAACCCACAGAUCACUUCCUGCCUAGAGGCCACAGGGUAAACUGCUGGGCCACUGUGUCGUCGCCUUCACAUUCUCUUCUUCAUGGCUAUUGAAGGGUUUUUUUUUUAAAAACAAACAAACAAAAAAACAAAAUAAAACAAGGAACUGUUGGUUUUAUGUGUAUACACUCUAUAUUAUUGUUUUGUUACUUCACACAACAAGCGUGCAUUAACCUAAUAAAUGCAAUUAAAGCCUUAUCAUAGCUUAAAAUGUCUUUUUGUUGUUUUCAUAUUUGACUUCAAUUUAAAAACAAUUUAUAUUCUCUAGACCCACUAAGGGGGAAUGGCAUCUUGUCUUGAUAACUGUUAAUGAAUCCACUGGCUGGCACUAAAAAGAUUUUUUUAACAUUUUUAUGCAGGAGACAUUUUGAUGUGGCGAUGUAUCCAGGCUAAUCUAUUUUGCCUACUGUAGAGUAAACAUUUGUUUACAUGCUGCAAAUAAAUCUUAUAUUUCUGAUGUCUGGAA